AUGGCCGAUACAACAGACCCCCCGACGAAUCCUUUAUAUCGAGUCCCCGAGCUACAACAGCAUGAUCCUCCAAUUGAACCAGAUCACUCACCUCCUCCGACGAGCGAUGAUGUCGCAACGGAUGAUGGGUACGCUUCAUCCGAGCAUUCCGCACAGUCGUCAUCUCUAGCAUCGAGUGUGCGCGAUUAUCAGUUCGAGAAUAGUCGGCGCUAUCACAAAUUUAAAGAGGGUUUGUAUCAAUUCCCAAAUGAUCUGCCCGAACAAGAAAGAGAGGAUAUGAAGCAUACGGUUGCAGUGCAUCUUCUUGGAGGAAAGUUGCAUAAUGCGCCGUUGGACCGUCCUCAGAAGAUCAUCGAUGUUGGGACAGGAACUGGAAGCUGGGCAAUUGAUAUGGGCGAUGAAUAUCCAAGCGCCGAAGUCAUUGGGAUCGAUCUCAGUCCCAUUCAACCACCAUGGGUUCCUCCCAACGUUCGAUUCCUCGUCGACGACGCCGAAGCACCGUGGCUAUACUCCGAAAACUCAAUAGACCUUGUCCAUUUGCGCAACAUGUCCACGGCAAUCAAGAAUUGGCCUGCGCUGCUGGGACAGAUCUACCGCGCGUUGAAGCCAGGAGGUUGGAUCGAGCUUCCCGAAUUCCGAUGGGUAUACGGAUGCGAUGACGGAACACUACGUCCCGACUUUACACCACCGCAAAUGGUAGCCAACAUCCGAGCUGCCCUCGCCAAGUCAGGCAUCGAGAUGCACGCUGCCGAGAAGAAUCCCGAUAGACUGCACGACGCUGGAUUUGUCAAUAUCCGCCACGAGAUCAAGAAGGUGCCGGUCGGUCCGUGGCCGAAAGACCCGAAUCUCAAGAUGAUUGGUCUCUACAACAGGAGUGUCAUCUAUGAUGGUCUGUACGCAAUCACCAUCGGCCCGUUCACUCGAGCUUUGGGAUGGACGCCCGAAGAGGUCGAAGUCUUCCUUGUCAAGGUUCGAAAGGACUUGAAGGAUCCUUCGGUGCAUUCCUAUGUCCACUUCCAUUCGCUAUGUGCGCAGAAGCCUUUCCACCCAUAG